UCACAUGAGCAGAGAUCUGUUUACAAACUGAGCAGACAAGAAGUGCUCGGCACCAUUAUGAGCAUGCAGAGCUGGAGGAUAAGAUCAGGAAAACACUGGAUGUGAACACACAGACACACUCGCAUAUAGGGUGGACACCUUUUCACAAAACUGUCAUCUUUGACGUUCCUCUUCUCGUGAAUGCUUAUGGAGGGGAGAGAGCAAGACAGAUGGUGAAGAGGGGAGCGAGCCAACACCAACACAAAGUCACUCUGAGCUUUCAAAGCAGGUACAUUCACCCAAGAAAGCAGUCUGAUUACGUCUUCGUCUUUGUGAUCAGGACAGGAAGACUGUCCUUGGGAAAAAGGACAAGAAAAGCAGGUGGAGCAUGAAAAAGGUGGGAGAAGGCAAAAAUGGAUGAAUGAAUAUUUUGACAGUGUUUUGAAGCUAGACAAGAAGUGCCAUAAGUUUAUGCCUUGUUUAUGUGAUCACCCAGAAGAACACAGAGAACUUGGUGUUAUUGUAGAUGUAUUGCAAUGACAAGAACUAUAACAAGCCAACUGUAAACGCCUCACCUCACACUACAGUCUAACCUGCCUUAAAAAUCUGCUACAAAAAAGGACUGCUUGAGAUAACAUAAACUAAAGUUUGGGUUUAGAACAUCACAUUGGAGAAACAGAAAGUCAGAGCCCUAGUAUGCAUUAUCAUGUUGUGUGUUUUUUCCUGGAAAAGGAGUGAACAUUUGAAUCUCAGUGCAAAUUUUGAACUGAAAAAUUGAGACUUGACUCCAAUCAAGAAAACAUGCUUAUCCUGCCUUCAUGCAAAUGGGCAAGGGAAUGUGGUGGGUGCUUAUAAUGUGUUAAACAGAGACAGUGAGGAUUUCAUGAGCUGUGGCUUUAUUGUGGAAGUUUUGGGCAAGCCAGAGUCCAGAUUAUUUAUCCGAUUUUUUAAAGGGAUAAAUCUCACUUGCUGCCUCAUUUCAACACUGUCUUUCUGGAACCCAUUAUUGAUUGGCUGGAUCGACUGAAACAACCUGGCCUCUUGUUCAUGAACCAACUCCUGUGGUGUAACAUAGGAGUCAAGCAGGACUGUAAGGAUUUCAUUGUGCUCGAUCCUUCGUCUUCCCACAGUGGAGGGUUUCUAUUCUGUCUUUGUCCCACCCACAUACAGAAUGCAUGAGAGAUGGCCAGGGGUAAAGUUGACUAUCACUAUAUUCUUAUUUUGAAUUUUGCACGUACUGAUUUCUUUUCUGCUAAAUUUUCCAAGUUUAAACUUCAUACAGUGAAUGUGCUAAAAUCUGCUUUUUGUCAUACAAAUGUUGUGGUAUUUCCAUGCUGGCUAUAAUAAAUGGGCUAUUUUACAGAAUUAUUUAUUUUGAUCUUACACACUGUCUACAGGCCUCACACAGAUGAUUAUAUACUGUAGUGUGUAGCUCAACAUAACCUCAUAUCACCAUGAUAUUAGGAUUACAGAGAAGAUUUGUAUUUACACAUUCAACAAUUUUUGUUUAAAACGUAGCUGACAUUGAAUGAGUAUUCAGCCAAAACAGGACGUUUGUGUGACCAAAGCCUACACAUUGGGACUGCAAAAUGAGCACAGACGUCACAUACCCCCUCCCCCUGAAUGUCUAUAUCAUCAUCCUUGGCAUUGGCCUCUUCAUCUUUAUGUUGAGCCUCAUCUUCUGUUGCUAUUUGUUCAGCCUGAGACGACAGGUCACACAGGAGCAGUUUGGAUAUAAUGAAGUUGUUCUAAAGGGAUCAGAGAAGAAGCUAAGCCUCCUUGGUCAGACCUGUGCUGUUUGUCUGGAGGAGUUUAGGAGCAGGGAGGAGCUUGGUGUUUGUCCCUGCUCACAUGCUUUUCACAAGAAGUGUUUGGUAAAGUGGCUGGAAAUCCGAAGUGUCUGUCCCAUGUGUAAUAAACCCAUCUGCCGGCUCCAUCCUGAUCCUCCGCAGGGGGCAGAGGGCCUACAAAACCCCCUGCAGGUGUGACAGAAGAGGCAUAGUGUCAGGGAGAUAAAGUCUCUUGAUCAUAUGGAACUCGUUCAGUUUCAAUCGAGAAUAACAUUUAAAAAAACACAGUGUCAUGUAGCCCACUCCAAUAUCAACUGACGUCCUUUUUAAAACUACUUUGUUGUCCAACGAGGACUUUUCAACAAAGAUGUCUUUAAGGACUGAAAAUAUUUAGCCAUGCAGUUAGCCAAAAAAAAUUGAAGUUAUAUGGAUGGUUGAAGAGAGAGGGAUUAAAAUUUGAAAAAAAAAGUUGAUCAGUGGCGCACUACAUGGAUGCAUUGAGAAGACAUGGCACAAUAUAAUGUAUAUAUUCAUAACUCUGCCAGUAGCAGAGGAAACUAUAUUAUCACAGACAAAUAAGCAAUCAUUAUAUGAAGAAAUUUGUCAAAAAAAGCAUUUUAGUGUCCCAACCCUGGUCUAUUUUUAUUCAUUCAUUCAUUCAUUCAGUCAGUCAGUCAUUCAUUCAUUCAUCCAACUUCAGUAACUUCAUCCUAGUCAUGAUGGAUCCAGAAUCUAUCCUGGGAACACUAGCUAUGAGGCUUGAACACACCCUGAAUGGGUUGUCAGUAUCAUUGUACUGCAUAAUAGGGCACCAUGCAUAAGCACGCAUUAAUACAUUCACUCGCCAAAAUGUAUUUGUGAAGAAGAGAAAAACAGUGGUUCACUAAAAACCUGUUGAAUAUGAAUAACCUUAUUAUUAUUAUUAUUAUUAUUAUUAUUAUUAUUAUUAUUAUUAUUAUUAAAUGCCUGUCAUCGUGGUAGUUUCAGCACUCCAGAUUCAGGGUUUGGGUGAACAGGAGUUUUGAGUAGACUUUAAGCUAUUUUGAAGUAGUUAUUUUAUAUUGUAUGCACUCUUCAAUAAAGUGUAAAAUUUCAGUGAUGGAUUAGAACCAGUGUUAAUUAUUUGUUUGUUAAAGUGUGGAUUCUUUAUAGGAAUAAAGGGGAAAUAAUA